UUAGCUGAGAGCGCGCGCGCAUUUUCCCACGAUCAGGAAAAUCUAAAUUACAGUCAUGAAGGAUCAAUUUAUCUGGAUAUCCCUGAAGCUGCUACUCCUGAUAGGCACCGCCCUUGCUUUUCCGGAUGGGGCCCCAGCGGAUACGUGUGUGAAGCAAAGAGCCAACCAGCCGAACCAUGGCAAGGCCAGAAGUCAACCGGCUCACUCCAAUCCCUUCGAGGUGGUGGCCGACACCCAGACUUAUCACCCCGGUCAGCAGAUAUCGGUUGUGAUAUAUCCGCACUCGGACCAGAGCACCGUCUUCCGGGGAUUCUUCCUGCAGGCACGGGAUUCGAACUCGAACGAGUGGAUCGGGGAGUGGGUGCAGAGCGAGAAUACCAAGACCAUUCCGGAGUGCUCGGCUAUCACGCAUUCGGACAAUCGGGACAAAUUGGGCGCCAAGCUGAUCUGGAAGGCCCCGCAGAAUAAGAAGGGCAAUGUCUACUUCACGGGCACUGUGCUACAGGAGUACGGAACCUUUUGGAGCGACAUUGUGAACAAAGUGCAGGCGGAGCCGCAAUAACAGAAAUUAUGUACUUAUUUAUAAGGCAGCUGUACCCAACGCCAGGCAAUAAAUCUUAAAAACCCU